GCGGUAGCGCCCACAGCUUCCGCGGCCCGGGGAAGCUGCGCGCGGGUCCCUGGCCACGCGGGCGGCCCCGGCACUAGUCGGCGAAGGCGAGUCUGCCAUGGGGGAGGCGCCCACCCCCGAUCCAUCGCCCGCACUCUGGGACUGGGGCUACCUGGACCGCUGCUUCGCCCGCCACCGCGUCUGCAUCUCCUUCGGCCUGUGGAUCUGCGCCUCCUCCUGCUGGAUCGCCGCCCACGCGCUACUUCUCUAUCUGCGAUGUGCAAAGAAAUCUGGACAGGACCAGUCGGCGCUGUGUGCUGCGUGCUGCCUCCUGACCAGCCUGUGUGACACAGUUGGGGCGAUACUGGCCAAACAGCUCACCAUCCAGGUUUUCACUGGUGCCUACCUAGCAGCUGUUGACUUGCUGAACUUUGUGUCCAUUCUCUUCCCAGUCUGUGGCUCCAAAUUCAAGGGUCAGGGCUCCCAGGACAGGAAGAGGAGGCAGCGGCUCAGGGCCAGUGUAUUCGCCCUGGCCCUGCCCCUGAGCCUGGGCCCGGGCUGGGCUCUCUGGGCUGCUGUCCCGAAGGCUUCAGGCCCCAUCCAAGGGCCACAGCGGAAGCUGCUGGGAAUCGUGCUGCAGGACAAUACUGAAAUCCUCGGCUACCUGCUGGGUGGCAUUGCAGCCUUCGGUUCCUGGGCUUCCCGGAUCCCCCCACUCUCCAGAAUCUGCCAUGGCAAGACGUUUCCCUUCAUCCACCUGUGGACCCGGCUCCUGUUCGCCCUGGCUGGCCUCCUCUACGCCUCAGCCAUUGUGGCUCAUGACCGGCGGCCUGAGUACCUGCUGCGGGCCACACCUUGGUUCCUGACCUCCCUGGGCCGUGCUGCGCUGGACCUCGCUAUCAUCUUCCUUUCCUGGGUGAUGAAAAGCAAGGUGAGGCGGGCCUUGGGAUUUUCCUCUGAAGCCAGAGAGAGCCUCGACACCCAAGCCCUUUUGACCUGUGCAGAGAAAGAAGAGGACAACCAGGACGCAAGGAAUGAGAAUUUGGAUUGGGUGCCUCUCACCACACUGCCACACUGCAAGCCACCCAGGACAAUGGCAGCCAUCAGUCGCUACAUGGAGCUGACCAUUGAGCCGGUGCAGCAGGCAGGCUGCAGUGCCACCAGGUUGCCUGGCGACGGACAGACAAACACGGGAGAGGCAUCCCUGCAGGAACCCCCCUCCUACCCUCCCAUUCAAGUCAUCCGGGCCCGUGUGUCUUCCAGCAGCUCUUCUGAGGUCCCCUCCAUCAACUCCGACCUUGAGCAAAAGUAUUGGGAAGCCCUAAACUCGGAGCAGUGGGACCCUGAAGAUGUAAACCUUGAAGGGAACAAAGGCAACAUGGAGAUGCUUAGAUGCCAGAUGUACAGGUGCUUUGUGAGUCCAGGGGAAUUGACCUCUGAGGAGUAACUCUUUCUGGAGCCAGCUCAACAGCUCAGAGCCCAAAGUCAAGUGUUUGUCAGGAACUGAGGAAUGAUCAACCAGCAGUGACACCCAUGGCAGGAAUUUAAGCUUCUGCCAGGUCUGCCUAAGAAAGUGAGGAACCAGGAGCUGUCACUGCACUUGGCUGGUCUGUGCCAUGGCUCAGAAUGGAGCGAAGACUGUGGACAGACCUGACAUGCCCAGAGUUUGUUCUGAAAAUUAAAAGUUUACAGAGCACUCUUGCUUUGAAAUAUAAACCUUCAUCUAAAGGACACUGGACCCUCUUUUCCCCUUUCUCUUUCCAUUCAACUAUACUCUGAAUAUCUGCUAAGUGCCAGGAAUGAGUUAACCUAACACAUAGUGUUUGGUUGGAUCUCAGUAGAGUCCCAUUCUGCAAGACCUGGAUAAGCCUAGCAAAUGAGCGGGGUCAGCCCACAUGCUGGGGCCUUGGACAAAAUCACAGGUACUCAUGGGACCUGGCUCUUGCCCUCUGGUCACCCACAUGAGUUUUCUGCUGGAAGUUAGGGAUAGGAUUGCUUGGUCAACCAAGUGUUUGUAAGGGUAAGCAAAGUAAAUUGCUCUAGGUACCAGAACUUGCUCCAACUUGGCAAGGUGUGUGCUGGGGCAGGAUUUGCAGGUGAGGGGGACUGUCUGCAUCAGGAGGUGACCGAAAGCAUGCGGAGGGUAAAGAGGCGUGGCAGGAGGUGUUAUUGGGUUGUCGGAAGAGUCAUGACAUAUUUUUUCUAUUUUUUUCGUUGCAAAAAUGAAUCAUGACUUUUCCAAUACCCAGUAAAUUCAAGUGUAGCAAUCCCAUUUUAGGACUGUUUUGAUACUGUGAUCACAGAUGAGGGGGAAGGUAGAGGGACUGAAGUGAAUAAAUCUUGACCGAGUGAACUGAAGUAUGUCGCUGUGGAGCACAGAGAUAGGUCUGAAUCCCAGCACAGCCACAGAAGUCUGCCACAAGAGGAAGUGGGAGAAAUGCCAAGAAACUGCUCUGUUCCUGGCUGGCCCUUGGCAGCCUGGGACUCAGCUGCUGCCGCCUGCUUUCUCCUAAGAGGUAGUGUAAGUCCUGGCAGCAUGAAGAAAGGGGUGUCUUAGGGAAGCAGGUUGGUUCCGCCGAUCUCUGCAGGGAUCCUAAUCCGCUGGGUGACCUCUGAGCUGGAAGUGAACUUAAAGCCACCCUAUUCAUCCCCUUUAUCGAACUUCUUUGGUCCCUGGUUGUCUUUUAAUGGAGUUUGCUAAAGUCAGUUUUGCGUCGUGAUCUUAACCACUGAAGUUGUACUUUGAGGGAAGGUGAAGAUUUGAAUUGGCAGAGCAGGUGGUGUGUAUGUGUGUGUGUGUAGAAUUACAGAAGCUGAAACUGUACAGAGGAUUAAAAGCAGGGGAGGGUGUAAUCCAGUCAGGGAAGGAGGAAUCCGAUGUAGCCAGGAUAGGUGAUACAGUGUGGGCUGCAGGGAGUGGGUAAGGAGGCCAGAAAGAAAGCUGACUGUGAAGGCUGGGAAGUUGGUAUUUAAUUCUGUGGCUAACUGGUAGCCAUGGAAGAUACAAGAGUAGGAAGGUGACUGACAUACCUCAGGUAGGCCACAGCUGAUUGUUUUUUUAAUCUCUAUGGCCACAACUUUUACAGUAUGAAUGUGGGGAACAUGUUUAAUCUGAGUGGUAACAGCAGGGCAGGAGGACGGCUCAUCUUUAGAAAAGCAGAGGCAAGGGAAUAGGAUGACAUCUCUGUAGUUUGCCUUGAGCACAUUUCGCUCUUUCAGGGGGAGGCUGGCUCAUGCUCCUGAGGCACCAGAAAUUGGUUGGAUCCUGAUGGAAAUGACCCUUCAUCCAAGAACAUUAAAUGAUCUUGUGUGUGGAGGCAGUGGGUAUAUGAGACAUCAUUUUUACCUUCCUCUCAAUUUUGCUGUGAAUUCAAAACUGCUUUUAAAAAAUAAAGUCUUAAAAAAAUUAUCUUGCUGACUUUCAGCAGCACAAACUAUGUGAGCUCCAGAUGUUGUGUGUCUCCC